ACGGAUGUUGAGUCUGAGACGGGAUAAAGGAAAACACUAAGCGGAUUCUGCUGGUAAGGAUUUGGCAGUGGGCGUGAUAAAUAUUCUGGAGCUUCCGCGACACCUUUGCUUACAAGAACCCGAAAGAAAUCACGGUCAUUCUGAUCAGAGGACGACAAGAGGAGAUCCUUACUCAUGUUUACGGUUUUUUUCUUUGCUAAUCUUUUCGCUCAGUAUUUUGUUAUCUUAAAAGUACAGCUAAUUAACUGAUGUAGAUCCACCUGCCAGAACUGACAAAAUAGUACGAUCAAUUAAAAAUGGUCCUUUAGAAUAAGCACUGCAGUCCGGCUUUUUAACACCUUUAUUACGUUUUAUGCUCGUGAAGCAAUACACUAGAAUCUUUGCUUCUGUGAAAUCGACGACUGCAGUAAGGUGCAGCUUGAAGAAUCUACGGCGUAGGAUAAAUCUUCAGUGUCGUUCAUUCAACUAAUUUUCGAUGGGGGAGUAGCACAGUAAAUAUAGGAUCCUUUGCAACAUCUGACGAUUAACCGAAUAUAUAGUAGUUUAAUUUACUCCUCCUAUCGUCUCAGUUUAUUUUCACUAUGAAUUACCUGCGACGUCGACUAUCGGAUAGCAAUUUUAUGUCCAACUUGCCAAAUGGCUACAUGACUGACCUACAACGCCCCGAUUCGCCUCAACAAAGCCCUGCCCCAGCAGUAUCGCCUGGAUCUCAAGAGAGGCGGCAGCCUACAAGUCAGUCUACAGGAGCCGGCUUUUUCUCCUCCAUCUCCAAUGCUGUCAAACAAACCACCGCUGCCGCCGCAGCCACAUUUAACGAGGCUACCGAGAGAGCGAGCGCAACAAAUGCAAAGAUUCUGCUAGUUAUUGAUGAUCAGCAGACAGACUGGGCAAAGAUCUUUAAAAGCAAGAAGGUUCAUGGUGAAUUUGACAUCAAAGUGGAACAGGCUGACUUCUCUGAGAUAAAUCUGGUGGCUCAUGCAACUGGCAGCUAUAGUGUGGACAUUGAAUCUAUCCGUGGUGGUGGCAAGAUCACAAAAUGUUUCAAGCCAGAUUUUGUACUGGUGCGGCAGCAUGCUUUCAGUAUGGCCAAAAAUGGAGAUCACAGGAACAUUGUGAUUGGUCUUCAGUAUGCUGGCAUCCCCAGUGUCAACUCUCUGCACUCUGUCUACAAUUUUUGUGACAAGCCUUGGGUGUUUGCUCAGAUGUCCAGAUUGUACAAGAAAAUGGGACCAGAGGAAUUCCCACUGAUCGAGCAGGUUUACUACCCAAACCACAGGGAAAUGUUAACUAGCACCUGCUUUCCUGUUGUGGUGAAAAUGGGCCAUGCUCAUUCUGGCAUGGGAAAGGUCAAAGUAGAAAAUCAAUAUGAUUUCCAAGAUAUUGCCAGUGUUGUGGCUUUGACCAAAACUUAUGCCACUUCUGAGCCUUUCAUUGAUGCCAAGUAUGAUGUUCGUAUCCAGAAAAUAGGUGACAAUUAUAAAGCCUACAUGAGAACAUCUAUCUCUGGAAACUGGAAGACAAACACAGGAUCAGCCAUGUUGGAACAGGUAGCCAUGUCUGAUAGGUAUCGUAAGUGGGUAGACUGGUGUGCUGAGGUUUUUGGAGGACUGGAUAUAUGUGCUGUUGAAGCAUUACAUGGCAAAGAUGGGCGAGAUCACAUUAUUGAGGUGGUAGGAUGUUCUUUGCCUCUGAUUGGAGAUCAGCAGGAAGAGGAUCGGGCCUUGAUUGCUGACCUGGUUGUGUCAAAAAUGAACCAGGCUGUCCCAAAAACUUCAGUUCCCUCUCCAGUCCACUCUCAGGCUUCAGCCCAAAAAGUUAUUUCACCUCAAGCCACCUCUCAAUUCAAAGUUCCGCAAGCUCACCAGCGCCUCCCUCCACAAGGUGGGCCACAGCAGGCACCUGGUGGUUCCUCUGACCACCAGAGACCUCUUUCCCAACAGCGUCCCUCUCCUCAGGGACAGCCACCUUGCCAGUCCCAGACUGCAUCCAGUCCUAAUUCACAGAAUUCCCCAGCCCAGCAGACUAAACAAUCCAACCUUGCCCAGCAACGGCCAUCAAGCCAGGGGCCCCCAGGCCAGCAGAAGGCCCCCACAUCCCAGGGCUCUUCAGUGCGUAGCUCUGGUGGUUCUCAGAAACCCCAACAAGGACCCAUUCAGCAGCAGCAACAAAGACCACAGUCAGGAGGUCAGGGGCCUAAACCGGCUGGAGGUCUGCACCAGCAGAGGCCUCCACAACAGAAGCAAGGCCAGCCAAUGAGGCAGGCUACCCAGGGGGGCCCUCAGCCAGGCCAACAGCAGAGAGGGCCACAGCAGGGUGUCUCCAAACCCCCUACUACCCAGCAGCCACGACCCUCUGCACAAGGGGGGCAGGGUGGACCUGGGGGGGUGCAGCCGCCAGUGCAGCAGAAACCGCAGCCUCCACAAAAGCCCAGUCCUGAUCACCCAGCCCUGAGUGGAUCCCCACAGCUCAACAAAUCCCAGUCUCUUACCAAUACAUUCAACAUUCCAGAAAUGCCAGCGGCCCCACGCUCAACUCUUAGUCAAGACGAGGUGAAAGCCGAGACCAUCCGCAACCUGAGAAAAUCCUUCGCCAGUCUCUUCUUAGUGGAAUAGUCACACACACUCUCAACACACAAUCACUCCAAGAAGACAGGCUUUGGAACAGAAAGACAGAUGUUUAGAUUGUUAUGUACAGUCAUAUAUUUACCCUUCAUUUACUUAAAAUACUUGCAUCAACAGAUAUACACACAUUUGAAGACCUGAAAUGCAUGGCUAUAUUCAGCUCACACAAAGGACCAAGGAUAUCAAUGUCGUUUAGUAUUUGCAUGGAUCAUUGAUAAGUGUACAUCCGAUGUAACAUUUUAAUUCAAGUCAAUGUCUGCUCAAAUAAAGAUUCAUAAGAUCCUACACAGAGAAAUUUUGCAACACACUCAAAGAAUACAGCUAGGCAACGCACUUCAUCUGUUUCUUCCAGAAUCUUUUCCAGUUUAUCUUCUGACCACACACACACAGGAGCAAAGCAAUAUCAUGGAUUAUUCUGACACCAUUUGAAUGCUUUGGAGUUUUAAAGGCACUCUUUGCUGCCAAAAAUCUUUUUUGGCGAAGGUAAGAGCUGAAUUUCAGCAAUUUUAGCAGAUCUUGUUGGAAAAUUCACAUCUCUGCAUCUCUGAGUACUUUAUAGUCAGGGGCUUCAUCUUGAUUGGUUUUCAUAGGAACACUGUGACCAAAAGAUUAAAUGCUGAAGAAAUGCUGACACUUUGUAUGUAUGAGCACAGUUUGGGGUCUUUAGUAAGCCAUUGUAUCAAUGUUAAACUAAAUAUUUAAAAAUGGACAGGCUUUUGUCAAGUGUGAAACUAACCCUGCUGCUGUUAGCACUAGUAAUGUCAGUGAAACUGCAUGUCAAGGAACUUGUAGUCACACACAUCCCUUCUAGCCCUUGCUUUUGUAAUUGUUAAUAUGCAUAGAUAAAGUAGGUGUAGUCAAAAGUGUUUAAUUUUUGUGACCAAGCUGUAGCUGCCUUCCCAAUAUUCCCUGUCCUGAAACAUGUAGUUAAUACACCAAUUUAAACCCUAAUCUGGUGAACAUGCCUUAGAAAGAAAAAAAUCACUCUUGUUCAAUUGCACAGAUCUCAGGGAUGUUCUAGAGAGUCACAGAUUAAAAAAGUGUCUAUGAUCUGGUCUUCCAAUCCAAUAGUUCAUAUAUCACUGAUUGAUGAUCUUGCAACUAUGUUUGCAAGUAAACACUGUAAUGUGUGAGAAAACGCAUGGUUCAAAGCGCCGGAUGGUUGAAGCAUCUACAAUAUAUGUCUCAAAAGAACACUGCACAGUGUUACACAAACUUAAUAUUGUGUCAGCCAUUCUGAGACCCUGGACGUGGUUUUUGAGAUUAGGCAGCGUCUUAAGUGCUGGUCUUUCUUAUGGGGCCACAGUCAACAGGAUGCAACAGCCAAGGAAUGCUAUUACUAUAAUGAAUGUUCUUGCAGAUUAAAACAAUAUCCUUCAAAUAAAAUGCCAUAGGAUUUAAAGAGCUUAAAGAGCUAUCCAGUAACUGUAACAGGAUUGCUCCAUUUUCUCACAUAGCUCUCUUGUUUCUGUAGCUGAAACUCAUGUAGUAGGCCAAGGCCGUGUCUUCCAUUAGUGGACUGAACACCAAGGUGAUAACCCCAGUAAAUCCCCAGUCCCUUCUCUGCUUCCUGCCACCAGCCUGUUGUGUAUCCACGAUGAUUCCUUGUGCCAGUGAUGCAUUAGCUUGUAAAUGUUGUACCGUAAUCUGUCAUUACCAAAUGUAAGUGCUGUACAGAUUGUCACAACAAAUAUGGCAAAUGAGAAGUUUUCUUUUUGUCCAUUAGAGUUGACUGUUACUAGUUAAAUGUGUUAGUCAAGUUCUUGUAGAAGUCUUUUUAGAAUUAUUUGAGUUAGGUUUGUGAAUUCAUUUUUUCUUAUUUCUUUUUCAAAGCAUUUAUUUUUAAAUGAUUUACAUCACAUACAUAGUUUGAGGUUAUUUUGCAGACAGUUUGUGAUUGUUUUAAAUAUGUUCAUAUACAUAUGAAAAUGAAUUGUUUGGUUCGGCGACAUUAAAGAGGUGUGUUAGAUCAGAUUCUAUUGAUUAUUAACUGGUCUGUGUUCUAAAACAAAGGCAUGUGAGCAGGUUUAAGUAUGGCUUGGAGGGGCAUAUAUUGAUGCACUAUAUUCAUCAGAAUCAUGUGAUCAGUUGGUUCCUCUUUCAUCCCUUUUCAAUGUUUUAAUGCUCAACUUCAGCUUGUGUUCCAAAACAUUUGUUAUGACUCUUAAUAUUUGUUUGUCAUUCCAUUUAUACAAUGCCUCAUUGGAAAGUACAUUUUACAUAUGGUGUUGUCUGUUAUUAAAGUAUAUUUAUUCAGCAUUGUUAAGUUAUUUGGGAUGGUUUUAUGCUGUAUUGACUGGAAUGUCUGUGAGAUUUAUUGUCUACUGAUGCCUGUAAGUUAAACAAAGUAAAAAAUAUAUGAAACAAUUUAAUAUAGAGAUAUUAAUGAAUUUAAUUACCAUGGCAAAAAUGACAAAACAUUGUCUACUAGGCCUAAUCAUGCAACUUAGAUGUUAUUAAUGUAUCUUAAUAAUUGUGUGAAAUGACUAUGCUAACAAAUUGUGCACAUGUUCAAUAAAGCAAUGAAGCAACUAA